AUGACCACAUGUGAGCAGAGCUGCAGCCCUCGAAGAGCUGCGUGGCUGUGGCUUCUUGUGCUGGAAAAAUGGCUUGCCUGUGAUCAGAAAACUGUUCCAGUUGCUCUCCAGAGAGAAACUGAAUUUUUAUUGCUCUUGGAAGAACUACAGAGAGAUAUCUCUGAGGAAGUUCUAAAAGAGCUGUUUGAAGCAUUUGAGUGCACCCAAGAGACGCGUACCGCAGAUCGGGCAAGAAAAGAUGGCCAUUCUCACAGGUUCACUUUGGGUGCUGUUUCAGCUCUCCGGAAGCUUUUGCUGCGAGCUCCCCAGAAGGCACAAGCCCUGCUGGAGUUCCUCUGCGGGGAACAAGGCGCACACAGCUCCUUGCUCCAGCAGUAUUCCUGUCUGCAGUAUAUCUUUGUUGACUUUCUUCGCGAAUCCUUAAAAUCUCUGCAGAGGCUUCAGUGCAAUUCUGAGAUUCCAGCAGAACUGGAUCAAAGAGAACUAGUAGAUACAGUUUAUGGUGCUCUUACUAUGAUGAAUUUUGAUCUGGAACAUCAGACCGAUGAAAUUCGGCAACUCUUCAGGGAGCUCUUGGAUGCGUGUUGGGCUGAAGGGAGCCCGCUGCGGGAGGAGAAGUUACUAAGCUGCAUGCUGAGGAAACGGAACUACAGCCUGUUAAACAUGUAUAGCAGUGUUCUUGUAGACAGAACAAGAGAAAGAUUUCUGGUGUCAAAAUCAAAAGGCUCAUCUGAGCAGCUGGAUACAGAGAGAGCAGUGAUGACUCUGUUCUCAGAUCCCAAAGAGGCUGCUUCUUGGAAGACUGCCUACUUCUAUUGCUUGAGCAGCAGUAAGCACUUUCUGGAGCAGAUUCUGGUGACUGCUUUAACCUUACUGAAAAGAGAAGACUUCUCAGGCCUGAACAGUUUACUGAGGAGGGAAUUCAACCCUCUCAGUCGCCUUUUGAUAUUGCUAGGAUGGACUCACUGUCGUAGCUUGGAAUCCGCAAAAGCAUUGCUGUGGACUCUUCACAAAACUCAGGAUCUGUGCAAUGAUUUGGUGUUAAAAGAUUUCUGUGAUGGACUCUGGGCUCAAGUGGAAGUUCUUGAAUGGUGCAUACAGCAAAACAGUAUUACUAUCCCAAAGAAGGUUCUUCUGCACCACCUGCAUAGUCUAGAUUGCCACACUGCAGUAUAUUCUCUUCAUCACCUCACUAAUCUACUGGCACUGAAUGAAGAUGAUGUAAUUGAGCUUCUUCAAAAGGUUCCUUCUAGAGACCAACAGAUGCAGGCAGCGCCGGUUCCAAACGUGCUGAGUCAGCGGCGCAACGUGGCGCUGCUGCGGGCGUUCUGCGCCAUGAAGUACGCGAUCUACGCGCUCUGCGUGAGCGCGCACCGGCGCGCCAGCUGCACGGACUGCGUGCGCGGCCUCCUCCGUGGUGGCCCUGAAGACCCAACUUCUCCCGGGGAAGCGGCAGGGGAUGGGCCUACCUUCUCAGAUUGCUCAUCAGUCUUUCCCCAAUAUCUUGUGAAAUGUCAGCAUUUCUUAAGGAGUGUUCCUGCUCCCCUGCGCCUGGAACUUCUGGAGAACAUCUUCUCCUUGCUUUUUGUUUCCUAUAGUGACCUUCACACAGAGAAUCUCCAACCUGAGGACUAUGCAGAGGAUGAUGAUCUUGACAAGAAGAGUUCUACUGUGAGUGUAGAAGGCAGUACUAGUCGACAGUCUUCCACUUCAGAAAGUCCACAGCACCAAAUAGAGGCUGACAAGAAAUUAGAGAGGCACCUGCUAGAUGCUCAGAGAGUGCACUCAGAUACUCAGGCUUUUUCUGACUCAGAGCUGAGCAGCAAAAGCUGUAAAUCUUCUCAGCAGAGCUACCUGGAUCUGAAACACUUCACCAGUGGUGUCACUGGAUUUUUAGUGGAUGAUGUGGCCAUGGAUGCCUUCCUCACGUUGCUCCUCAACCACCUGGAAGAAAUUCAGAGUUCACUCCCAUGGGACUCCAGUAAUGUCCUUCGUGAAGAGCUGGAGCUUGUCGAGUGCUUGAAUCUUUCUGCAAGCAGAGAAAGUUUUGGGAAUCGUGUAUUGCAGUUUUCCAAAUACCUUUCUGAAGCUCACUGGCGAUACAAAGUGGUGAUGAGUAACAGAAAUGCAGAACAUCAGCUUGCAGCAUCCAGACGAUAUUCCUCUUUAAGCAGAUGCUCCAGCUUAAGGAAGCGAAGUAGAUCGCAAAGCUGCAAGACAGGGCAAGAGGGAACUUCCAGUCCGUUGUUAGAAACCACAAGUAGCGAGCUAAGCACCACCAGCACCUCAGAGGGAAGUACCAAUAAUGUGUCUGGCUGGAGUGAUUUGGAAAGUAGGAUGAGACCACAGCAGCAAAACUCCCUGAUUCCUAUGAUGCUUUCCCCACCAGAAUCACUCCUAGUUUCUUGUGUUUUGAGAGGAAAUUUCAUAGAAGCCCAUCAGGUGGCUUUGAUGUUUAAUCUGGAGAGUUCAUCUUGCUAUGGUGAGUUGGUUUUCAUGGAGCGCUACCAAGAGGUGGUACGAGAGAUGGCCAGAGUGGAGCACAACAUUGAGAAUCAAACAUCAGAUGGCACUGGAGGCAUCCGGAAAUCGGGCAGUGGCCGUUCAACACUCCAGGCUAUUGGAAAUGCAGCAGCAGCUGGCAUGGUAUUUUAUUCCAUCUCGGAUGUUACUGAUAAAUUGCUUGCAACUUCUGGAAGUCUUGCCCCAUCUCUCCAAGAAAACUUCUGGACUAGCAGCCUGCAGCUCGAGCAUACUGAUCCUCUGCGGGAAGUCCUUGAGGACCUCAGUCCUUCAGCAAUGGCAGCAUUUGACUUGGCUUGUACUCAGUGCCAUCUUUGGAAGACUUGUAAGCAGCUUUUGGAAACAGCAGAAAGAAAACUGUACAGUAGCUUUGAAACUCGGGGCCACAGACUGGACUUUGUUUUACUGAAUCCUGAAGGUCUAAAAGGUUUUCCAACAGUUCUUCAGCAAAUCAGUAAAAUUCUCAACUAUUUCUGCACAUCACAAGGGCAGUCCAAGUCAGAUAUCUCAGAUGAGAAAAGUAGUCCUUUUCGAUACAGUAUUGUAGACCUUCUGCAGGCUUGCUACCCCGCCUUGACUGAAGAGAGCAUUACUAAUGAGAUUGUUUUAUCCCAAAAUCUCGACCAAGUUCUAAAAGCACUGACCCGUAUUGAACAUUCUGUUGACUCUAAAGGGAGCCUGCUUAGCAGCUUGUACAUCCAAACCACGCCAGAGAGCAACACAAAGACAAACUUUCUGAAGACCUUCUUUGACUAUGUUACCACACUGGCUACUGUUGUAUUGCGAAGCCUGAAUGCAGACCUAGAUCCAUCUGCAGAAGUGAAAGUGGGGAAUCCUUUUAUACUGUUACAGCAGAGUCCAUCUCACCUGCUCUCCCAACUUGUGUUUGAGAAACAAGUUCAUCCUGACAGGCUUGCUACCCUUUUGGCUAAAGAAGAUUUGAACUUGAAUGUGCAGCAAGUUAUUGUUAACUGUUGUUGUGAGCCGCUCUCCUUGUGCAGUGCAAGACAAAACAACCAGAAAAUAUGCCUUCUGGCAAACAUAAGAAACCUAGCACACCUCUAUGCCUGCAACUGCUUGCCAGAUGUUGAAAUACCCAUCCACAGUCCUGAAAGAGCCUCUGAUGGGGCCUGCACACUGAUCCCAUCCUCCGUGGCUGACUUGAACCAGAACACACUCACUGCCUCCUCCCUGGACUUCCUAAAGUCUCAGUCAAGGCUCAUGGCCACAGUGGCAUGUUUAAGUGCAGCUAGCGUACAGGAAACUCCCAGAUCCAGUUUAUCAUGGAUGGAAUUUUGGGGCAAACGGGAGGUGCCACUAGGUAUGGAACAGAUUUCCAGGGAGUGCGAGGCCUUGUUGAAGGAAUUCUCAUUCCUGGAGCGAUUUCUUCUUAUGAUGUUUGAGCCACUUCGAAAUCCGCAGGAGGAGGGCAGCAGUUUGGCCAGUGUCCUCUGUGGCAAGGCACACAUGUCCCUGGUUCUCCUAGGAUUGCAUUCCUCCACAGCUGUUGAGGUGCUAAUGGCGGUCUUGGAAAAAGCACUUGCAGCAAAGGACUGGGCCAGAGCUCUAGAGGUCUUGGAUCUGUACAGCCAGGGUAUGGAGGAGCUGGCCAGUGUGAAGGAUGCUGUGCUGAGCUGUGCGGCUGCUGACGGUAAAGAUGGUUGGCAGUACUUGUUCCCAGUAAAAGAUGCAACACUUAGGAGUAGGCUGGCUCUGCGCUGUCUAGACACAUGGCCCCUUGAUGCCUGUUUGGAAAUCCUGUCUUAUUGUGCCUCAGAUUUGGACAUAACUGAUGAACUAAAAUCCACUCUGCAGAGCAAGAAGAAAGAACUGCAGGUUUAUCAGAAGAUAAUGAAUUUGCAAAAUGAACCACUGUGGAGCGAUUGGCAGGAUCUGAAAAGAGCCUGCACUGAUGAUCCUCAAACCAUCAUGGAUAUCAUUCUGAAGGCAAAGGAUUAUGAGUUGUGUGAGGAAUGGGGCCACUUGUAUCCUGUCCCAAGAGAAAAUUUAAUAAGCUUUCACCAAGAACACCUUCUCCAUUUACUGGAGAUGGGAGACAUGGAAAAAGCCUUGAAGCUCUUGCAAAGAAUAGAAGACCCUGAUAUUUGCCUUGCCAUCAGUGAGCAGUCUCUUGAUCAGCGCCCCAGCUUGGCGGCCUCUCACUUCCUGGCCGAUUACCUCACGACUCACUUCUACGGGAACCUGACAGCUGCUCGCCAUAAUGAAAUUCAGGCUCUCUACAUGGGGUCGAAAGUGUUGCUGACUCUACCCGAGCUCUACCGUGUUAACUACUUCCACCUCUCCUCCAGGCCACUGCUCAUGCUGGAGCAGCUCCUCAUGAAUAUGAAAGUGGACUGGGUAGCUGUGGCUGUGCAGACACUACACCAGCUCUUAGCUGGACAGGAAAUUGGUUUUGCUGUAGAAGAUAUUGAUAACUUGCUCUCCAAGUAUGCAGAAAAAGCCCUUGACUUCCCUUUCGCAUUAAAAGAAAAGAGAUCAGAUUCUGUCAUACGUAUCCAAGAGAGUCUCAGUCAAAUAUUGGAGUGUGAAGCACUGUCUAAAUCAGCAUCACCAGAACCAUCUUAUGCCAGCUUUAGUGGCAUUACUACGUCUGCAAGUUCCAGAGAUAGAAGCCUGCAGCAGAAUUUGCCUCCUCAAGAAUUUGUACCACCUGAGAAGCCACCACCAAAACAGCAAUGGAUACCCGAUGACACUGAAAUGAUCUGUAUGGUCUGCAAAACUGAACGCUUUACUAUGUUCAACAGGCGUCAUCACUGCAGGCGCUGUGGCAGGCUAGUGUGCAGCUCUUGCUCCACCAAGAAAAUGGCAGUAGAAGCUUGCAGAGAAAAUCCAGCUCGUGUAUGUGACCAAUGCUAUAGUUUCUACAAUAGGGAACAUCCACCUGACUCUGUACAAGACACAAGCAUCACAAAAGAAGAUCAGGACCAACUGGAAGAAAUAUCUACUAACAAAUACGCCACAGUGGUGCAAAUUCCUGAGACAACUGAGCUUGAAUGGAUUAUUUCCCUGAAUGAAGAGGAAAAUGAAAUUGUACGCAGUGAAUUUUACUAUGAGCAGGCUCCCAGCUCUUCCUUAUGUAUUGCCAUCCUCGGUCUGCACAGUGAUAGUGUGGUGUGUGGCCACCAGCUGAUAGAGCACUGCUGCAAACUGUCCCAAGGGCUGACUAACCCGGAGGUGGAUGCAGGACUGCUUAUGGACAUCAUGAAACAAUUGCUUUUCAGUGCCAAAAUGAUGUUUGUAAAAGCUGGAAGGAGCCAGGAUCUAGCUCUCUGUGACAGCUAUAUCAGCAAAGUGGAUGUGUUGAAUAUUUUGGUUACUGCUGCCUACCGUCCUGUGCCAUCUUUGGAUCAGAUUCUUCUCCCUGCAGCAGUAACAAGACUAAGAAAUCGUCUUUUGGAAGCAGAGUAUUAUCAACUAGCUAUAGAGGUUUCUACAAAAUCCGGGUUGGAUCCAAGUGGAGCAUGGCAUGCCUGGGGCAUGGCUUGCCUUAAAGCUGGAAAUUUAAGUGCAGCAAGAGAGAAGUUCAGCCGAUGCCUAAAGCCACCUGUGGAUCUAAACCAGCUGAACUAUGGUUCAAGGUUGAUCCAAGAAGUGAUACAGUAUCUGGAGUCCACAGUGAAGCCCAUACACAUUGUGGAUGAUGACUACUUUGCCACGCUCAGGGAACUUGAAGCAACACUGAGAACAAGAAGUCUGUCUCUGGAGCUCGUGUGCGAGGGGAAGAUUCAGCACAACAGUUACUACCAGGAGUGCUUGUUCUACCUUCACAGUUACGGCACUAAUCUAGCAAUAAUAAGCUUUUACAUGAGGCAUGACUGUAUGCGAGAAGCACUGCUCCACUUGCUAAAUAAGGAAUCCCCAGCUGAGGUGUUCAUUGAAGGGAUCUUCAUUCCAAGUUAUGAAAGUGGAAAACUGCAUAUGUUGGAGAACUUACUAGAAACCAUUGAUCCGGGAUUGGAGAGCUGGGGUUCCUACUUGAUUGCAGCCUGCAAACACUUGCAGAGAAAGAACUAUUACCAUAUCCUAUAUGAGCUGCAGCAGUUCAUGAAGGAUCAUGUCCGUGCUGCCAUGACCUGCAUUAGGUUUUUUACUCACGGAGCAAAGUCUUACACAGAACUGGGAGGCAAACAGGCGUGGCUCCUGAAGAUCAAGGAUCACCUCAAAGUCUACCUGCAAGAGGUCUCGAGAAGUUCAGGGAGGAAAAAAGUGGUAUUCACCUUCCGGAAAAAAAUGUCUGCUACAGAUGUGUCAAGGCACAUCAAUACAGUUGAGUUGCAAAUGGAAGUAACAAAGUUCCUGCAUCAAUGUGAGAGCUCAGGAACCUCUCAAAUGACAGAUCCUUCCCUGCCUACACUCUUUGGAAACAAUAACAUGAAAAUGGAUGUUGCUUGCAAGGUCAUGCUUGAAGGAAAAAACAUUGAGGAGGGAUUUGGGAUUGCAUUCAGAGUCCUUCAGGACUUCCAACUGGAGGCUACGGAAGUGUACAGCAAAGUGGCCAAGCAGCUGGUGAAGCAGCAGAAGUACAGCGAGAUCCGGCAGCUCCUCAAAUGUGUCAACGAGUCUGGAGCUGCGGCCAAGAACGAUGGGGAUAACAUCAUCCUAAACUGUCUAACACCUUUUUCCUUUUCUUUGAUGCAGGAUCUUGAUAAUCUGAUUCAGGAUAUGGACAGUGAUGAAAACAAAAUCCAGGCCUACCUGAUGUGCAACAAGCUGCGCUCAGCCUACCUGGUGUCGGUGCGGCAGGAGGCGGCACGCGCGGUGCAGCUGGUGCAGCACGUGCGGCAGCUGGCGCAGCGCGGCGGCGACGACAUCGUGCAGGCCAUCGGCGCCCAGUGGCUCCUGGGCCACCAGCCCCGGGCCAGAGGCCGGCAGGCCCAGGGCAGCAGGAAGUAG